UGUACACUUUGUGUCUACUCCAUUCAUUUUCAGAAUAAUAAUAGUGUCAAUAAAGGAAUAAUCUAUCAUCAAGUUUCAUAAAAUUUUGUGUACAAUUGAAAUUAGUGAUUAUUAAAAAGGAAAAAGAUAAAAAAGAAGAAGAAAGGUUUAAAAUCAAUCAUUACAUUUCACAGAUUAACGACAAUGGCGAGUUACAAAUUAGUAUACUUCAACGUAAUGGGACUAGGAGAACCCAUCAGGUUUCUUCUUAGUUAUGGAGGCGUCGAAUUCGAGGAUAUUCGCAUAACUCAUUCUUCGGAAGAUUGGAGCAACAUGAAGCCAACGACCCCGUUCGGUCAGCUGCCCACGUUGGAAAUCAACGGCAAAGUUUACUCGCAAACAUUACCUAUUUGCCGUUACCUGGCCAAACAGUUUAAUCUGCUUGGCAAAACUGAUUUGGAUACGUUGCAGAUCGACGCGAUCGCGAGCGCUCUUUACGAUUUCAGAUGGCUGACAAUAUCGUCUUAUUAUAGAGAAUCCGAUCCUGUUUUAAAAGCGAAGAAGAAAGUCGAUGUAAUGACAAGGGUGAUACCGUUUUACUUGAAUAAAUUGGAGGAAUUGGCAAAGAACAAUGGAGGCUAUUUGCAUGGUGAUAAGUUGAGUUAUGCUGAUCUGUUUUUCGUCGGCAUCUCAGAUUCGCUGAAUACGGCUUAUGAAUCGGAUAUCACGAAUGACAAGCCCUAUCUAAAAUCUCUGAAGCAAAAAGUAUUGGCGAUUCCAAAUAUCAAAGCUUGGGUGGAAAAAAGACCAAAAUUGGAAUUUUAAUGAUCGAUAUAUAUAUUUUUUUUUUUGACGUUUAUAAUGUAAAAAGUGUGCAUUUGUGUAUUGUAUAAAUAUAACGAAAGCUCAAAUUCAAAUAUUAGAAUUGCAUUUUAAUUGUUGCGUAAAAUGAUAAUUCAAAUUUGGCGGUAUUGCAUAUGGUCUGCUAACUUACCAGCUGUUGUUUGCAUAUUUUAAUGUUUAAUCUUUAAUGAAUAUACGAUCAUUAAAUAUACAAUCAUGAUAAACUAAUAAUAUUAAUUAAAAUUACAUUUAAAAUGCAAAUGAAACAAAUAUUGUAAUUGAAAAUAUUUGAAAAUGUUCAAAUGUUUCCGUUUUCGAUGUCUAACAAGUGGCCUAGUAACCUAAUUGAA